ACCGAAGCACCUCUUGAAGCGCCCCAGCGGCGCCCCUACCUCAACCGGUUAUUCUAUUAUCCCGGAAUAAGAACCUCCCCUAAUCUCGGACGCAUUUCUAAUAGAUAUUCUUUAUUGCCGCUACGGGCUCCUGAAUCUUGGGGGGGCUGACGGGUUGAACCGUCAGGUGUCCAUCCAUAGUCAAUUAAAAAUUACAAGUAGAACGGCGUGUGGAAGCUGCGUUGGUAGCGGACGGUUUUUACCCCCUUUCUAUUCUUGAUAGGUACCGUGACAUUCGUUACUAUCUCCAUUCCCUGCGGGGGGGGGGCUGAUGACGCCACGGACCUAUCAGUCCUAUGUCAUGCAAAUAAUGGAGCAUGGCACCCGGCAAAGCCUUCCCUAUCUGCGGGUCAUCCAAGCCAUCCAUCAUUCGCAUAUUCUGUUAGACCGAGUGGAUGGUCAAUAGUUUUAACCGCAGGGAAUCAAUGGGCCAGCUCCGAGAAUAAAUAAAAUAAGUGGCUCUUUUUGUUUCUAUACGCAAUUCACGUUAACAUGCGUCUGUAGCCGUUGCAAACAGAGGUAGGAGGAGGACCAAAACCAGACAGAAAAUGGAAAAGAAGAGCGACCCCUAUUCAAACCGAAAGAAGUACCUCACCUUACGAAGAAGUAGUUGGAGCUGGGCUCCGAACUAUGAGAGUUUGCUUUUGUAUUAUGUUUCUAAGAGAGGUAUGAUCAAAUAAGGGAUCAGACCGCUCCCGGUGUUCGAACAAGUCAUUAAUGGUCGGCUUCAUUGGUAUCCUUUCGAUAUGCGUUGCGAACACUUUCAUUUUUAGCGUCUCAUCUUCUCUAGAGAAGCGAAACUCGAACGGAUAGAGCGGAUGGUCCAACUACAUAACUUUUUCUUUUUCAUUACUUCUAUGGUCGUGCCUCGUGGCACGGCAGCACCCUUACUAUUGAAAUGGUUCGUCAGUAGAGAUGUUCCCACAGGUGCCCCUUUUUCCAAUGGUACUCUAAUUCCAAUUCUUAUCCCUUCAUUCCCUCUUUUGGUCUAUCUACAUUCCAGGAAAUUCAGACGCUCCAUGGACGGAGCAAAAAGUGGAGUCUUGGUCAGAGCAGGCCGCCUUAUUUUACUACCAGACAUAAUUGGGAGAAGCUCAUCCGAAACUAGAGCUGGAAACGCCUCAUUUCGUUUCGUUCCCGUUCUUCAUUUCCUUCUUCUCGAAUCCAAGGGGGACUUCUCAUAUUUAGAAUCUUUCUGCGGUGUGCUCUGUUUACUAUUCUUUCGUACUCUCUUCUCUUUACCACGCGAUAGGUCAGCAAAGCGUGAGCGGGCGCAGAGAAGGAAACGCCAAAGACUUCGGCCUAACCCUAACGGGAAUGAGCAAGAACGAAAUGACAAGAUGAGGUGCUCCGGGCACCCCCAUUUAGAAAGAAGGGUCGAAGGUUUUGGGCCUGUAGCUUUCCCCGUCCCCCCUUCGUCGGGGGGUGCUUGUGUGGGGGGUGUGCCACCUGAACCUGAAAUCGGGCUUGAAGCUCUCGCCUUACCAACGAGCCGACAGCUGAUGGCUGUUGGUCACGACUACCACCAAAAAGCUCCAAUUCAGAUGAAUAUUGCACAUUUUGGAGUGUGCAUCUGUAUGUUGGGUGUUCUUCUGUCGUGCGACCCGGCGGCUUAUGUGCGACCUGUGGCCCACGCCUCCUAUUUGUUCAGGGCGGGCGGCGUGAACUCUGACUCGAUCCGGGUAUUCAAUCCCGCCGCUGAGAUGCUCAGUUGACUCCUUAACCUUGAUAGGAAG